AUGGCUUUCACCAAAACCCACCUGGCUCUUCUCAUUGUCUCAAUCUCAAUACUCUUCGCACCAACCACCCAUGCCCAUGCCACUCGCACCGGUGCCCCUCCCACUAUCCAAACCCGACUCUUGAAUAUGUGCAAACCUACCACAAAUCCAUCGCUAUGCUACAAAACAAUCUUACCAAAGGCAUUGGAAAGUCCUAAAUUCAACAUGUACAAAGCCCUAGAGAUUGAGGUCCAAGCUGCACAAGUACAAGUCAUUAAAACCGCAACUACCAUUGCAACCCUACUUUGGAAAUCAGGAAGCGACAAGAACAUUGCCGGUGCACUAAAUGAUUGUAAGGAACAAUUCAAGAACAUUGCUGACUCUGUAACCAAAUCUGUUACAUUAGUAUCGCAACGCAAUAUUGUAGAUGCAAGGAACGAAUUUAGUGCAGUUUUUUCUUACUUUUCAGCUUGUAGAGAAUCAUUUGAAGAAAGUCAGAUUACUUUACCAAUUGCUGCUGAUGGUCAAAUGGUUCAUGAUCUUGCUGGAAAUUGUUUGGAUUUAAUGAAAGCCAUUGAAGAUAAAGGGAGUAAAGGUCGUUCUGUUUAA